AUCUUCUGUGCAGUACACACACUUGCCCCUUUCUCUCUCUAACAGAAACCAAAUCUAAGCUCUUUCGUUAAUGUCGAUUCAGAUCUAAAAAAAAUAAUUCCACUUUUACCCCUCUCCUCAACAAUGGCAUACUCAUUCCCUGAAGAAGUACUCGAACACGUGUUCUCCUUCCUUAAUUCCGACAAAGACCGUAACGCCGUAUCACUUGUCUGUAAAUCAUGGUACGACAUCGAACGUUGGUGUCGUAAAACGAUAUUCAUCGGUAACUGCUAUGCUAUUAAUCCUAGGAUUAUGAUCAGAAGGUUUCCAGAAGUCAGAUCUGUUGAAUUAAAAGGGAAACCACAUUUUGCUGAUUUUAAUUUAGUACCUGAUGGUUGGGGUGCUUAUGUUUAUCCAUGGAUUUUGGCUAUGUCUAGGUCUUAUCCAUGGUUAGAAGAAAUUAAGCUUAAAAGGAUGGUUAUUACUGAUGAAUCUUUGGAGUUGAUUUCUAAGUCGUUUAAACAUUUUAAGGUUCUUGUUUUGUCUUCUUGUGAUGGUUUUACUACUGAUGGACUUGCUGCUAUUGCCGCUAAUUGCAGGAAUCUGAGAGAACUAGACUUGGGAGAGUGUGAAGUGGAGGACCUUAGUGGACAUUGGCUAAGCCAUUUCCCUGAUAGCUGCACAUCACUUGUUUCACUUAACAUUGCCUGUUUGGCUUCUGAGGUCAGUUUCCUAGCUUUGGAGCGCCUGGUUGCCCGCUCUCCUAAUUUGAGGACUCUUCGGAUAAAUCGUGCCGUGCCCCUUGAGAAGAUUCCAAACCUGCUUCGCCGCGCUUCCCAGUUGGUCGAAUUUGGUACAGGUGCCUACUCUGCUGAUGUGCGCUCUGAUGUCUUCUCGAACCUGACAGAAGCCUUUUCGGGCUGCAAGCAUCUUAAAGGCUUGUCAGGGUUUUGGGAUGUUGUACCGGCUUACCUUCCAGCUAUAUAUCCAGCGUGCUCAAGACUUACCUCUUUGAACUUGAGCUAUGCUACUUGUCAAAACCCGGAGCUCGGCAAGCUCGUAAGUCAGUGUCACAAUUUGCAGCGGUUGUGGGUGCUAGACUACAUUGAAGAUACCGGUCUUGAGGAACUUGCUGCCAAUUGUAAGGACCUUCAAGAGCUGAGGGUGUUUCCUUCUGACCCGUUUGCUCAAGAACCAAAUGCAACCUUGACGGAGCAAGGCCUUGUAGCUGUCUCAGAUGGCUGCCCAAAGCUCCAGUCCGUUUUAUACUUCUGCCGCCAAAUGACUAAUGCAGCUUUAGUUACUAUUGCUAAGAAUCGUCCUAACAUGAUUCGUUUUCGCUUGUGUAUUAUUGAGCCUCGAACUCCUGAUUACUUAACCCUUGGGCCGCUUGAUGCUGGUUUUGGGGCUAUUGUGGAGAACUGCAAGGAAUUGCGGCGACUUUCACUUUCUGGCCUCCUCACCGAUCGUGUCUUUGAGUACAUUGGGACCCAUGCUAAAAAGUUGGAGAUGCUUUCCAUAGCUUUUGCUGGUGAUAGCGAUUUGGGACUCCACCAUGUGCUCUCUGGUUGUGAUAGUCUCCGGAAGUUGGAGAUCAGAGAUUGUCCCUUUGGGGACAAGGCUGUCUUGGCGAAUGCUGCAAAGCUCGAGACAAUGCGAUCCCUUUGGAUGUCUUCUUGUUCAGUAAGUUUUGAAGCAUGUAAGCUGCUAGCUCAGAAGAUGCCUAGACUUAAUGUGGAAGUCAUAGAUGAGAGGGGUCCUCCGGAUACAAGGCCAGAAAGUUGCCCUGUGGAGAAACUUUACAUAUAUCGAACAGUGGCUGGACGGAGGUUUGACACACCUGGUUAUGUUUGGACAAUGGAUGAAGAUGCAGCAGUGAGGUUGUCCUGAGCCAUAUAGCAAUUGGAAAUUCCAGGGAGGCUUCACAAGGAAUGAUGGCAGGUACUAGCGCUAUGUUUAUCCUCCUGCAUUUGUUUGUCACGCCUUAUGUAGUUGCAGUGCCAGUCGAGGUUGGGAACAUCACAGCUAAGAAGUAGAGGCUCGAGAGCUCAUAUGCCAUCAAUUUUACUCUUGGCUGAGCUACUUUACAGCAGGUAGUUUUUAAUAAAGAGGUUGAACUCUGAGUUACUGUAACAAUUAUUUCGUUUUCUUUGGGUGGGAUUUGGGGGUUUGGGGGCAUAUUUUUGCCGUGUAUGCGUUAUUUUCGGACUUCGCUUCAUUAUGUAGUUUCCUUUCUUCUAAUGGACUUAUUCUCUAUGAAA